AUGUGGGAUGAUAGGAGAUGCAGACAGGGUGAGGACCAGGUCUUACGAAAUUUCCAGAACAAGAACGUGGUGGUGGCCGACUUUGGGCUGGCUCGGCUCAUGGUCGAUGAGAAGACUCAGUCUGAAGACUUGCGCAGCCUCAAGAAGCCGGACCGCAAGAAGCGGUACACAGUGGUGGGCAACCCCUACUGGAUGGCACCAGAGAUGAUCAAUGGCCGUAGCUAUGACGAGAAGGUGGACGUGUUUUCCUUUGGAAUCGUCCUAUGUGAGAUUAUUGGGCGUGUGAAUGCAGACCCUGAUUAUCUGCCCCGAACUAUGGACUUUGGCCUCAAUGUGCGGGGUUUCUUGGACCGCUACUGUCCACCAAAUUGUCCCCCAAGUUUCUUCCCCAUCACUGUGCGCUGCUGUGACCUGGAUCCUGAGAAAAGGCCCUCUUUUGUAAAGCUGGAACAAUGGCUGGAAACGCUUCGCAUGCACUUGGCUGGUCACCUGCCACUGGGCCCACAGCUGGAACAACUGGAGCGGGGCUUCUGGGAGACCUACCGGCGGGGCGAGAGCUCCCUGCCUGCCCACCCCGAGGUCCCCGACUGAGCCCAAUUGACCCUGGCAUCCUCAUCCCCGCCUCUGGAGAAUACACCCUCACCAGAUUCUUCAGCAGGAGGUGGCCUAGGCAUGGAGCCCUCAUCAGGGCAGUGGUGCCCAGACCCCUACCCCUGACCCAGGCCCUGAUUUGCCUUCUCCCCUCAUGCGGGGUGCCCCUAGCCUCUCUCUGCCUCUGGCCCCCAAGUCACCAGGCUGCACACACACACACACACACACGUGGUCAGUCACAUUGCCCUGCCUUACCUCCCAUUCUGUGGGGCCGCCCCCUCCCUCACUUGUCUUUGCAUGAGCUGGAGGGUCAGGGAAGCUGGACCCAUUCCAUGCAUCGCCUGCAGCCUCCGUACACCGCACCUGCCGGCAGCUCUUCCCCAGUGAGGCUGGGCUAGAAGGCAACUUUAGAGGGAGCCCCUGUGAUGGCUGGGCAUGGAGAGUAUUUACCAAGGGAGAGGCUAUGUUCCCAGGACCCCUGGGGGGAAUCUAGGUAGCAGCAGGUAUUGACAAUGAUCUAAACCCCAAAGCAGAGAAAGGUCUGGUCCCACAUGCCCACUGGCCAGGCAGUGGCCCUUGCUCUUGCUUAGGGUUCAUCUCAUUUCUUGAUCAAAGCCACUUUAGUGAGAAGCAGGUACUAGUCCUCAGGAUGAGCAGGAAUCCCUUGAAAAAGAAGGGCAGAUGAUGCCUGGGAUCUAGCUGACAGGGAGGGCCCAGCCCACACAGCAGAGGCCAGGCAGAGGGCAUAAGGCAGCCAUCCACCAGCACCGCAACACCGCCCCCCAGUUCAUCUCAGCACCCUUCUGGGGCCUCUGCCCACUGGCUGGAGCAGCCCCACUCCCUCCUUGGGUGCCUCUGCCCUCUGAGUUCUUUCUGUGUGAUCUAUUUUUUAAGAAGAGUUGGUAUUAUUUUUUCAUAACGGCUGUAGCAGCCGCUGCUGGGAGUUUAGGGGGGUUGUUUUGUUUUUUGUUUUGUUAUGUUUUAGGUGGGUGGGGGUGGGAGGGCCAUUGCCUCACUUUGCCUCAGUUGAUCAUCUAGGACGAAUUAAAACUGUGAAGCUUUCUCAGUGCACUUUGAACAUGGAAGAGAAUCUGAGCAGACCCCAGUGGAACCAAGACAGAAGGAGGCAAGACAGACUUGCCUCUGCCCAGUGACCGUGAUAGGAACGAAUCCAAACUCAGAACAAUAAAAUCGAUUCUGUGCUCCCCA